AUGUACCCGUCAUCAUCAUCAUCAUCCCCUCAAUGGCAAUUACAGUCAACCAUUUGGACCGAAAACAAGAGCGGUGCCACUGGGUUCCUUAUUGUGGGAUUUUCAGACUCCCCAGAACUACAGGGGCCGCUCUUUUUGUUCUUCCUAAUCAUCUACCUUGUGACUGUGUGGGGAAAUCUUCUCAUUGUUUCAUUAAUCUCCACUGACUCCCUCUUACAAACUCCCAUGUACUUUUUUCUUUGUAACUUAUCAUGUUUAGACAUCUCAUAUAGUUCCGUCACUGCCCCAUAUUUGCUGCACAUUUUCAGCACAGGCAAUAAUAACAUCUCCUUUGAGAAAUGCAUGGUCCAACUUUACUUCUUUGGCUCCUUUACAGUCACAGAAUACAUGUUACUCACCACUAUGGCAUAUGACCGGUACAUGGCCAUCUGUAGGCCGUUAUUUUAUCCCCAGGUUAUGAACCAAAGAACAUGCAUAUUAUUGGCUGCUGCUGCUUGGAUAGGUGGGUUUUUAGCAGCAGUCCCCGUAAUAAUCGUAAUUUCUGCUCUCACUUUCUGUGUUUCAAACAUUAUCAAUCAUUUCUUUUGUGACGUCACUGCCCUGCUGAAGUUAUCCUGUGAUGAUAUCUCUGCUGUUGAGCUUGUUGUGUUUGCUGAAGGUUCCUCUCUCUUGUUUAGCUGUUUCAUUCUUACAAUGAUGUCCUACAUAUACAUCAUAUCUGCAAUCCUCAAGAUAACCUCAGCUGAAGGAAGAUACAAAACCUUCUCCACAUGUGGAUCCCACCUCACUGCAGUUACCCUCUUCUAUGUCCUACUUGUCUGUGUUUAUAUGAAACCACCGUCUUUAUAUUCAUUGGAUGAAGGGAAAGUAGUUUCAGUUCUUUAUGUGAAUGUCAUACCCAUGUUAAACCCAAUCAUAUACAGCUUGAGGAACAAGGAUGUAAAAAAAGCUUUGCAAGAACUGCCCAGGAGAUGGUUCUACUGUAUGCCAAGGGCUAUUUUGGGGGACUCUCUAAUAUAA